GAGGAAGUCAACUGGGCGGAAUUGGAAAAGACGGAAGAUGAACAGACCAAAGACGAAGAGACUGAUAAUUCCACCGCUUUGCUUCUGGCCCGUUUAGAGCAGGAAAACGCCAAGUUGGCGACAAACCCAAAGACAGUCAAGGUCCAGCUUGUCGAGAAGCCCCAGCCCAACAGGCCGCGUCCGCCAUCCAUGGCUAAGCUCCGUAAGAUGGUCCGCGGGCCGACACCCGCUGCCCUGCGAUAUUCGAUGCUGCCCCCGCCCCCGAUGACGGAUCUCGAGUUCUACGCAGCCCUUGUCAAGGACUACCAGCAGACCGCAGCAAGGCUUCCGACGCUGCUGUCCAAUAAAAUCCGCAAGGGGAUCCCCCCGCCGCUGCGAGGCGUCGUCUGGCAGAGCAUGUCUGGUGCGCGUGACGCCAGCUUGGAAGAACAGUACGAAAGGCUCAAUGGCGAAUCCAGCCCGUAUGAGGGCCUCAUAGGCAAGGAUCUCGGCCGGAGUUUCCCUGGUGUUGAGAUGUUUCGCGAUCCCGAUGGCGACGGGCAGCGAAUGCUGGGUCGCGUGCUCAAGACGUUUAGUCUGUACGACACCAAGAUCGGCUAUUGCCAGGGCCUCGCCUUUCUCGUCGGGCCUCUGUUAAUGCACAUGCCCGACAAGCAGGCAUUUUGCGUUUUGGUUCGACUCAUGGACCGUUAUGACUUGAGAAGUUGCUUUCUGCCAGAUCUUUCCGGACUUCACGUGCGCAUAUACCAGUUCCGAGAACUGCUGCGGGCCAAUCUCCCCGUGCUGUCCAGCCACCUGGAGGAUCUGCAGGUGGAGACGGCCUAUGUCUCGCAGUGGUUUCUGAGUUUCUUCGCGACCACAUGUCCCUUGCCGAUGCUGUUCCGCAUAUACGACGUUGUUUUCGCCGAGGGCGCCUCUGAGACAUUAAUGCGCGUCGCACUAUCACUAAUGCGCAGGAAUGAGACCAGGUUACUUUCCUGUACCGAGUUGGAAGACGUGAUGCAGCUCCUCCUAUCCAGGGGCCUGUGGGAUUGUUACCAUUACAACGCAGACGAGUUCGUUCACGACUUUGGAAGCCUUACUGGCAUAGUCACCCGAGAGAAACUCGCCCAGCUCGAGCAGGGAUACCGCGAGUCUCUCGUUGCGACCGCCAAUACCGCCCGCACGUCUGAUAUCGCGACCGCCGCCGCCCGAUUCCUAGGUCGCAUCUGGGCUUCGUCCGGUGCGUUCCCGAGAAGCUCAGGCUUGGUCCCAGGUCUGAGUGCGCCGUCGAGGCCACUGAGCAUGCUGCGUCGGAGCACCUCCAAGCAGAGUCUUGCCUCGACUCUCAACUCGGUCGAGGCAAGCUCCAUGAGUGUGAUGAGUUCCCGCGAGUCGACGCCGGUUGCCCCCAAGGCCGCCGCCGCCGCCGCCACCACUGGUAGCAAAAACACCGAAGACAAGUAUCUGCACAGCCAGAUCGAAGACCUUCUCACGGCGCUGAGCGAGCUGCAACGAAAUCAUGCGCUGUUGUCAAACGAGCUGAAGCGUGAACGUGAGGAGAGGGAAGAGGAUCGCAAGGCUGUCCGAUCGCUUCUGGAUGGGCUCAGGAAGAGAGCGACGGGCGGGGACGAAGCCCUGUCGGAGUUGCUGGAUCGCGUUGAGAGCCGCUUCAGUAUCGACGACGAGAGCGACGAGGGCAAGAAGAAGGACAAGCCUUCGUCAUCGCCACCCGGCGAAAAAUCCCAGUUGCAACUCGAACUGGAUCAAACCAAGGACCAGCUGGCCAGCGCCAUGUCGCAGAACCAGGACUUUAAUCGACGAAUCCACGACUUGGACCAGGAGAUGUCAUCACUCAAGGAACAGCUCCGAGAGAGCCAUAGCCACGUCAGAGCUCUUCACCAGGACAAGCAACGGCUGGAGAAGCAGAUUCAAGUCUUGCGGGCGCGGCCAGUAUCUGGCGAGCCCUUUGGCGGCCGUGACUCAGGGACAGAUUGGUCCGGCAAGGCGAACGGCGGUGGCUUGCGGGAGUUCAAGCUUGGACGUAGCAAGUCAAUGGCUACUCAGGGCGGCACGUAUAACAGACGAAAGUCGUCACUGCUGCAUAGCAACGACCUUUCGUCGACAAACGAUCUCGACACUCUCCUGUUGGAUCUUGUGCAAGCCAAGACGGCGCAGGCCAUCGCGAAGCAAGAGGCAGAGGAGGCAAAGCAGCAGCUGGAGGCGCUGAAAAAGGCGUAUGGCGUUGUGAUGGCCGACUCUUCCAACGCGGCUCUACCCCCUGGAACGGUCAAUGUCAAGGUUGUUCAGCCCGCGGCCACGACGACAUCCCCAGGAACGGGUGGCUUUUGGGGCUGGCGUAGGUGAGAAAUGAGAAAGCAGGCCGGGAAGAAGGGGUGGGAUGGAUUGGUCCAAAUAAAGAGAUGGAAGCAUAGAACGCCACCGGAACAAGUUGGACUAUGGAAACCGCACAUACACAUCGAUGUGCCGAACUUGAUGGGGAUCUGAUAUUACAACGCACAACUUGUGGAGAUGGGACCUUGGACGGCGGUUCAUCAACGUUGCAAUCUUGCUUUGGAAGGGGCGCAGUACAUACGAGCAAGAUUCGCUCGUGGGAAGGAUGGGCCGCGCGAUAGAUUGAUGAAGCUGUUCUU